AUGAAGCUGGUUUUCUGGCAUUGUUUUUUUCAAUUCUUCGUGUUAGUUUCAACAUCACAGGGUAUGAGUUCAGAUGGCCUAGCUCUUCUUGCUCUGUCCAGAAGCCUCGUACUACCAAGUUCCAUAAGAUCCAACUGGUGCGCUUCUGAUGCAACCCCUUGUGCAUGGAAUGGUGUUGGUUGCAAUGGAAGGAACAGAGUGAUUUCUCUUAACCUAUCAUCAUCAGAGGUUGAAGGUUUUAUAGGACCUGAAAUAGGGCGUCUGAAAUACCUGCAAAUUCUCAUUUUAUCUGGUAACAACAUAUCUGGUUUGAUCCCUCCAGAAUUGGGCAACUGCAGUAUGCUUGAACAAUUGGAUCUGUCCCAAAACUUACUUUCUGGCAGUAUACCAGCAUCAAUGGGCAACCUCAAGAAAUUGUCAGCACUGUCACUGUACUACAACUCUUUCAAUGGAACAAUACCAGAGGAGUUGUUCAAGAACCAGUUUCUGGAGGAAGUGUACCUAAAUGACAAUCAGCUCAGUGGUUCGAUACCCUUCUCGGUUGGUGAAAUGACAAGCCUUAAGUCAUUGUGGUUGCAGGACAAUAUGUUGUCUGGAGUUUUGCCCAGUUCAAUUGGCAACUGCACCAAGUUGGAGGAGCUGUAUCUACUUUAUAAUCAACUGAGUGGCAGUCUUCCAGAAACCUUGAGUGAGAUCAAAGGCCUCAGGAUUCUUGAUGCCACCAGCAACAGCUUCAUAGGCGAGAUCUCUUUCAUUUUUGAGAACUGCAAGCUGGAAAUAUUCAUCUUGUCAUUCAAUUAUAUAAAGGGUGAAAUUCCAUCAUGGCUGGGGAAUUGCAGGAGCUUGCAACAACUUGGAUUUGUCAAUAAUAGUCUGUCUGGCAAGAUUCCAAAUUCUAUUGGCUUAUUGAGCAACCUCACAUAUCUUUUACUUUCACAGAACUCCCUGUCUGGGCCGAUCCCUCCUGAGAUUAGUAACUGUAGGUUGCUGCAGUGGCUAGAGUUGGAUGCAAACCAGCUGGAGGGCACUGUUCCUAAAGGGUUGGCAAAUUUACGGAACCUCUCAAAGCUCUUUCUGUUUGAGAAUCGUCUCAUGGGAGAGUUCCCUGAGAAUAUUUGGACUAUCCAAACCCUCGAGAGUGUGCUUAUUUAUAGCAACAGAUUCACAGGGAAGCUACCUUCAGUGUUAGCUGAGCUGAAGUACCUGGAGAACAUUACACUGUUUGAUAAUUUCUUCACUGGAGUCAUACCACAGGAGCUGGGUGUUAAUAGCCCCUUGGUGCAGAUAGAUUUCACAAAUAACAGUUUUGUUGGUGGUAUCCCACCAAACAUUUGUUCAGGAAAAGCAUUGAGAAUUUUGGACUUGGGGUUUAAUCAUCUCAACGGUAGCAUCCCAUCCAAUGUUGUGGACUGCCCAAGUCUGGAGCUAGUCAUUGUCAAAAACAAUAACCUUGAUGGGUCUAUUCCACAAUUCAAAAACUGUGCAAAUCUAAGUUAUAUGGAUCUGAGCCACAAUUCCUUAAGUGGUAACAUUCCUGCAAGCUUCAGCAGAUGUGUAAACAUUACUGAGAUAAACUGGUCAGAGAACAAGCUUUCUGGGGCAAUACCACCUGAAAUUGGAAACUUAGUGAAUCUGAAAAGACUUGACCUCUCACACAACAUAUUACAUGGUUCAAUGCCUGUGCAAAUUUCCAGUUGCUCCAAGUUGUAUUCACUUGAUUUGAGUUUUAACUCUUUGAAUUGUUCGGCCCUCAGCACAGUAAGCAACUUGAAGUUUCUGACACAACUACGAUUGCAAGAGAAUAGAUUCAGCGGAGGCUUGCCUGAGUCUCUCUCCCAAUUGGAAAUGCUUAUUGAGCUGCAACUUGGUGGAAAUAUUCUUGGGGGUAGUAUCCCUUCAUCAUUAGGACAGCUGGUGAAACUGGGUACAGCCUUGAACCUUAGUAGCAAUGGUCUAGUUGGUGAUAUUCCACCACAAUUGGGUAAUUUAGUGGACUUGCAAAACUUAGAUUUGUCAUUUAAUAAUCUCACAGGAGGCCUUGCUACAUUGAGAAGUCUAGGUUUUUUGCAGGCCUUGAAUGUUUCUUACAACCAAUUUAGUGGACCAGUCCCAGAUAAUCUUCUGAAGUUUCUGAGUUCCACACCAAAUUCUUUUAAUGGAAACCCAGGCCUCUGUAUCUCUUGCAGCACCAGUGAUUCUUCUUGCAUGGGAGCUAAUGUUUUGAAACAUUGUGUUGGGUCAAAGAAAAGAGGAGUGCAUGGCCGAUUCAAAAUUUUCCUCAUAGUUCUUGGUUCAUUAUUUGUGGGAGCAGUUCUGGUACUUAUACUGUGUUGCAUCAUUCUGAAAUCUCGAGAUCGGAAGAAUAAUACUGAGGAAGCAGUCAGUAAUAUGUUUGAAGGUUCCUCAUCUAAAUUAAAUGAGAUUAUAGAGGCUACUGAAAAUUUUGAUGACAAGUAUAUCAUCGGUACAGGUGGUCACGGAACUGUUUACAAAGCAACACUGAGGUCAGGAGAUGUUUAUGCUAUAAAGAAACUUGUGAUUUCUGCACACAAAGGUUCAUACAAAAGCAUGGUUAGAGAACUGAAGACACUAGGAAAAAUUAAGCACAGAAACUUGAUAAAGUUGAAAGAAUUUUGGUUCAGACGUGAUAAUGGAUUCAUACUGUAUGAUUUUAUGGAAAAAGGUAGCCUUCAUGAUGUUCUGCAUGUAAUUCAGCCAGCACCAACUUUGGACUGGUGUGUGAGGUAUGACAUAGCUCUUGGCACCGCCCAUGGGUUAGCAUAUCUUCACGAUGACUGCCGCCCUGCGAUCAUUCACCGUGAUAUCAAGCCAAGUAAUAUACUGCUGGACAUGGACAUGGUGCCACAUAUUUCAGAUUUUGGCAUUGCAAAGCUCAUGUACCAGCCUUCUACUGCUUCACAGACCACUGGAAUCGUUGGCACCAUUGGAUAUAUGGCCCCAGAAUUGGCGUUUUCCACCAAGAGAAGCGUGGAGUCCGACGUAUACAGCUACGGCGUGGUGCUACUGGAGCUGCUCACCAGGAGGACGGCGGUGGAUCCUUCGUUCCCCGACAGCACGGACAUAGUCGGCUGGGUGUCGUCCGCGCUUAACGGCACCGACAAAAUCGAGGCCGUCUGCGACCCGGCCCUCAUGGAGGAAGUCUUCGGCACGGUGGAGAUGGAGGAGGUGCGCAAGGUGCUGUCGGUGGCGCUGCGGUGCGCGGCCAGGGAGGCGAGCCAAAGGCCGUCCAUGGCCGCCGUGGUGAAGGAGCUGACGGGCGUACGGCCUGCCACUGGCAGCGGCGGCGGCGGCCGGUCGUUGUCCGAGUCGAAUCAGGGGAAACCGGGAUCGCAAUCCCACAGCAGCGCCUACUGGCAGUAG